CUCACCUGCUGACCGUAGAUAUUUAAUCGUCAUUGCCAUUCUUGCAGUCCACUGCCAAGACUAAUAUUCAAUAUGCGGCUGACACGAGUUGCAUCGCUUGGAAUUGCGUGCACAAUAUUUGCUAGCACGCUUGCACAUGUGAAACUAGUUAGCCCCCUUCGACCGGGCGUGUACGAUGUGACGCAGAUGAACAGUUGGACGGCUGGUGAAGCGCAAACAAUCCGCUUUGUGGGCUCUGCAGUUCAUGGGGGUGGAUCCUGCCAAUUCUCAUUGUCUGAAGAUCUGCAGCCCACCAAAAACAGCCGGUGGAAGGUAAUACAUAGCGUGGUUGGGGGGUGCCCAGCUACCGCAGAGGAGAAUUUGUUAGGAGGUCCUGCGAGCCCCAUCCCGGACACAUUUGAGGUUGUGCUCCCAAAAGAGCUGCCCAGUGGUACCUAUACUUUUGCUUGGACCUGGUUCAACAAGAAAGGCAACCGCGAAAUUUAUAUGAACUGUGCCCCAAUUAGCGUCCGCGGCGGAGGAACCGACCCUGGAUUUCUAGCGUCCCUUCCCGACAUGUUUAUCGCUAACUUACCAAGCUCAGCGUGUUCAACCAUUGAGAACUUUGACUUCGCGUUCCCAGAUCCUGGAAGCGCUGUACAGACCGGGAGUCAGGCACGACCUACCACGGGGCUUCUCGGUUCCGGGUGUGCUUCAAUGACUGCGCUCGGUGGCGAGCUGCAGGCGCCUCGCCCAGCAGAUGCAUUAUCUAACAACUCGCCCAGCCAGGCAAGCGCGCUCACAGUUUUACACGAACAGCCGACGUAUUCAGCUUCUGAGACCGCAUCCCUGAACUGGUUCAGCCGUGCACCAGUUAAAGCUCUCGCUGCUGGAGGGAUGCCAGCUUCCGAAGCCAAGGCUUUCGUUGCUCAAGCUACCCAGGCGUUGGCUUCCCAAGGGUCAACACCACCCACAGGUGUAGCAGGAAGCCUACCAGCUGCAUCUCAGACCUGCAUUCCAUGUAGCCCAGCGAACGAGGUCGUGUGUAUAGGCAGCUACCAUUACGGCCUUUGCGAUCACGGCUGUGCGCGUUCCCAGUUACUAGCGCCAGGAACGGUCUGUGCAGGUGGGCAGAUCUUGAAGCGUAUGGUGUGAGAGGCAGUUAUUGCUCGGUAAUCCCUAUACAACAUGCAUAUCAUCCAUGUCUGUCUUUGUUUUCCUUCUGCGAUGCAUAUGCAUGAACGUAGGCGGUGUAUCAAGAGGAUUGAAUGUAGUAGAGCGAUCAUGAGACGAUACGGAGGAAAAUGAGAGAAAAUAUAUGAGAUAGGCAUUAAGGUAC